GCGGAAGCGGCAGGCUCAAACAACCCGGUAUUACAAGAAAACGUGGGGUUUUUGUACCGCUGUUUUUUUGUGUGUUUUUUCUUUUACAUCCCUGACAGGAAUUUAUUAAUGUUGUUUACAGAAAGAAAAAACACACACACACAGGCAGAGGGCACUUUUUAAGACCAGGCAAAAAAGGGCAGGUGCUCAAUUAGCUCCCAUAGGCCUGAUGUCGAAGCUCCAGUUGCGGCGUCAAUUGCCAGCCCGAACCAAACGCAACAGGGGGACAGGAUCAUACCAACUUGAAGACACAUUUGGAGUAUGGAAAUCCCGGUAGGUCAGGGCUAAAAUUAGCCUGCCGCUGCGGCCGACGUGUGAUGUUUUUUGCAGGGGGGAUACACGAUCACAGGGGCUGGCAUGACAAGUUUCCCAUGCGUGACAUUUAACGCGAGGAGUAGUGCUUGUUGUCAUUAAUUGCGUGCACAGACAGCCGCCGCCACGCAGCAUCGCGUCCCCCCUGCAGCAAUGUCCUUUUUAACCAUCCCAAGCCAAGAGGGCCUUUUUAUUCCCAUCAGCAGCAGAGCAGAGCAUGAUGACGACGACGAAGAUGACGACGACGACGACGAGGGAGACGUUCGCCUGAUCCCAAGGUGCUCCCCGAUCCCCAGGAGGCGAGGCGCGUCCAUCCACGACGAGACUGCCGAGUACCUGCGCAUCCAGGCGGCUCUCUGCCCCGGGAAGCGCGUGUCGUUCGCCGACAUAACCGGCGGAGACCUGGUGGACGUCCGGGAGUUCGUCGCCUUCGACUCGGACGACGAAGAGGACUCUGCGAAGUGGCAGGAAGAACGCGCAAAGUACGGCAAGUGUGAGCGAGAAGCUGUGUUCCACGUCCACGCAGACUUUGAGCCCCCCGGCGGAGACGCGCUGCUGCAGCAGGUGAGCGCACAUAAAGUGGCCAUAGAGCAGAUCCAGCCUGUGGCGUACGAGCCCCUCGCUUUCCACGGUCUGGUCCGAGUGCUCAACGUCUCCUUCCAGAAGGCAGUCUACAUCCGGUCCAGCAUGGACAACUGGGCCUCGUACUUUGACCACCCCGCAGAGUACGUCCCCGGCUCCCACCACGGGGACACGGAUCAGUUCUCCUUCAAGUUGUCGUUUGCGCCCCCUUACGUCACUCAUGGCUCUCGCAUCGAGUUUGUUGUCCGCUAUGAAACCACCGAGGGGGAUUUCUGGGACAAUAACGGCCGUAUGAACUAUGUGGUCACACUGCUCCUGACCCAUGAAGAGGAGGAAGAAGAAAUAAACAGUGAGCUGCAAGAGACGAGAGGGAUCCUCAGACACCCCAAAGAACACAGUAUUUGCAAUUAUUUUGAAUCAUCACACGAGUGGACAAGUGAAGCAGAUGGAUCAGAGACCUCUCCGAGUGAUUGUCUUGAAGCCCCCAGCCAUUAAGCGGACUGAAAUGGAUGCCAAGGCAAGAAGGCUGUUAGAAGAACUGCACUAAAUCUUAAAGUAUGAGGACUGUCAUUGUUGAUUAGGAACUUCUUGUGAAUUAAGACAUUUUAGAGCAACAUGAUUAAAGUAUUUACUCUGUUGUUAACCUCCACCUAAUGUAUGCAUGACUAAUCAGAAUCAUCUUAAUUGGUCAAGUAUGUAACACGGAAGGGAUUUGACUUUGAACUCUGUUCAAUGCAAUCAAAGAUUUUUAAGAAGUCUAAGGGGGUAAUGAAAGAUUUAUUUUUUACAACAUCUGACCUAGAAGGAAAGAAUGGUUGCCCUUUGGUGGCCAUCUGUAUCGAUAAUGUUCACCUGUGCAAAUGUCAAAAGACCACAGAUCAAGAUCAUUUGAUGCAAACAUUUUAAUAUAAAAUCAACACAAAAAAUGAAAUACUGAAAAGCUAAAUGUGUUAAAACAAUUAAGAACAAUUAGUAUUCAAAAAAACAUCAAUCUGCUCGAACAGCAACUUAAAUGAGAAAUAAAGUCCUGUGUAAACCAUUUUUGUCUACCAUGGCAGUGAAGUUGGUGGACGAAAAUUUGAACCAAUGAUGUUGGUGGGUCUGGCCUCUGAUCUGGUAGAAAAGGAAGUUACAACCACAUUAAAUGACAAAAAAUAAACAUGUUUCAUAGUGCCACUAUUAAAGGACAACCACACUUUUUAUUUUGUCUAUACCUCAUAAUCCCUACCUGAGACAAAAACAUGAUUCCCUUUGUAUUCAUUUGUAAUAUUCGGCUUGUACUACACAGCCAACAUUAUUUUGCCCUUGACUCAAAAAAAAAAAAAAAAAAAACCCAAAACCCGCCAACACUCCAUUGAGCUGCAUAUUACCUAAGCAUUAGUGACACCGUUAUUAGAAGAACUAACACAGAGGAACUACGUUAACCAGCACAUUGAUCACAGAAAACUAGCUACUGUGGCUAUUUACAUACUGAGCUGGGGAGCUGUUGCAUUAUCGCCUCUUGAGUUGUUCAAAGUUUGUAUUAGAUUAUAAAUCAUGCCUCUCAGCUGUGUAGUAGAAGGUUGUGGUCAUGAGCCAAGAAGGUGGUGGACUUUGAAAUUCAAUUCAGCCCCGCAGAUAUCAAUAGUAAGAUGCGAAAAAACGCUGGUUUGCAGCCAUCUUUUUUUUCUUCUAAAUUUUACCUCUAAGGAUUAUGCUGAAAUCUUCAUCUAAACGGGAAACAAAUCAUGAGAGCAGACAUUGUACGGUAAGUGAUUGUUUUAUUAUAUACAUAGUUUGUAUUGCUUUUUGCUUUACUAUUGUUAGAUCUGCUGUUCACACAGCGUCUAAAACUUUUAGCUCAUCCUUCGUAUAUUCAGGAUCAAAAAGAUUUAGUUCUGGAUUAUCAUGUCCCAAAGUAGUCGUUAGUUCUCAUGAAGUCCGCUGUUACUGGUAGUUGAAGGGAAUAAUGAACACCGUUAUGCGCUCUAUAAAAUAAUGAGCCGCCGUAAUGCUAAAAUGUCCAAAAUACAGUAAAUAUUAAAUGUUAUUAUGAAUGUGCCUGUUAUUACGUUCAAUCACAGAUUUACUUGCAGCAUUUAUUUAAAACAUUGAUGGAAGUGUUUUACAGGGCUUUAUAGGCUAAAUACAUUGAAUACUCAUUACCUGCAUUGUUAGCAGUCUACAACAAAUUAAAAUGCACAACAAAGAAAAAAACAUUUGUGUACUUGUCUCACAUGGUGAUUAAAAAUGAGGGGCAACAUUUUUAAAAAGUGCACUUCCCCUUUAAGAUACUGUCUGACUUACCGAUGAGUAUUGUUACCCCACACAAAAGGAACUGCUUCUUCAUCAACCUCUGUAUAACAAAGAGGGAAAUCAAUACAUUAUAUGUAUACAAUAAA